GAGGCACUUCCUCCUUCCUACCUCUCCUUGUUCCGAAAGCCCGUCUGUUGAAACUGAUCUUUUCAAUGGGGAGCCAGGGGCCUGUCAAAGCUCCGAAACACUGACUUCGUUUGAGGGAGCGGAGGUUCGACCCGAAGCGGCGGCGAAUGUCAAGCCGGAUCGGUUCUGAAAGCCUCUCAGAUUUAUUGCGUAAAAAGAAAAAAAAAAGUGACCGGAGCGAAAAUAACAAUGGCUGCGACGUAGCGCAACUUUUGGAUCCAGGGGUGGAUGAUCAAGAGUCGGACUCGGGUCUGUUGGUGACUUUUUUUUUUUUCGGACUAGAAGGAGACUUGGAGGGCAACUUUCAGCAUGAAGAAGCAGUUCAAUCGCAUGAAGCAGCUGGCCAACCAGACUGUUGGAAGAGCUGAAAAAACAGAAGUCCUGAGUGAUGACCUCCUUCAGAUCGAGAGGCGGAUGGAACUGGUGCGCUUGGUGUCACACAACAUGCACAAGAGGCUGGUGUCCUGCCUGCAGGGUCAACUUGGCACCGACACAGAGAAAAGACAUAAAAAACUGCCGCUGACCGGAUUGUCCCAGACCAUGCAGGAAGGCGGAGCUCAGCUAGGAGAUGAGGGCCUGAUUGGCAAGAUGUUGGAGGCGUGCGGGGAGACCGAGAGCCGGUUAGCCACCGAACUUAUGCAGCAUGAAUUACAGAUCGAAAAAGAUAUUCUGGAUCCUCUCAACCAGCUGGCAGAGGUGGAGAUUCCUAACAUACUGAAACAGAGGAAGCAACUUGCCAAGCUAGUUCUGGAUUACGAUUCGGCCAAGACGAGGUGGUUUCAGGCAACAAAGUCCAACAACCAGGCCAUGGCAGCUAAAGUAGACUCACUCAAGGAUGAGAUGGAUGAGGCUCUCAAUAAAGUAGAAAUAUGCAAGGACCAGCUGUCUGCAGACAUGUACAACUUUGCCUCAAAAGAGGGAGACUAUGCACGCUAUUAUAUCAUGUUAUUAGAGGCCCAGGCCGAGUAUCACAGGAAGUCUCUGUCAGCUCUGGAAACAGCUAUUCCUACCAUCCAAAUACAGCAAGAUACAUGGAUCGAGAAGCCUGCAUUUGGCACGAUGUUGGAGGAACACCUGAAGAGGAGCAAUCGAGAGAUCGCUUUACCCUUAGAGGCCUGCGUCAUGAUGCUGCUGGAGACCGGCAUGAGGGAAGAGGGUCUCUUUCGGAUUGCUGCUGGAGCUUCAAAACUUAAAAAGCUGAAAGCAGCACUGGACUGCUCCACUUCGCAACUUGAGGAGUUCUACUCAGAUCCACAUGCAGUCGCUGGAGCUCUGAAGUCUUACCUCAGGGAACUACCUGAGCCUCUAAUGACGUUUAGCAUGUAUGAUGAGUGGAUACAGGCCUCCAACAUUUCUGACCCUGACAAAAGGCUUCAGGCUCUCUGGGUGAUAUGUGACAAUUUGCCAAAGGCUCACAAAGCUAACUUUAGGUAUUUGGUGAAGUUCCUGGCUAAACUGGCUCAGGAAAGUGAGGUCAAUAAAAUGACUCCCAGUAACAUCGCCAUCGUCUUGGGGCCCAACCUGCUGUGGGCAAAAACAGAGGGGACGCUGGCAGAGAUGGCAGCAGCUACGUCUGUCCAUGUUGGGGCCAUCAUAGAACCCAUCAUCCAACAUGCUGAUUGGUUCUUUCCUGGAGAGGUGGAGUUCAAUGUUUCAGGCAUGUUCUCCAUGCCCAGCCACCCGCCGACCCCAGACCUGGAGCCUGGGCUGGACAGGAAGCGCCCCGGCAGCACCGGGCACGAAGGGGACGCUCACACGCCCCGUAAAGACAGCCCUGUUAACAAACAUCCGGAGCCUGCUCCACGCAGAAUCGGCACUGUAAAUAGAAAGCAGACACAACUAACCUCACCCACCUUCCAACCCUCACUGCCUCCUCUGGAAGCUGAGGGUUCCUCCCAGACCGAGCUGCAGUCCCCCCAGGUUCAGUCGCCAGGUCCAGAUGCACAGCAGCCGGGUCUGAUCACUGCUGCUGCUGCUGCUGGUGAUGGAGGCGGUGAGGCUCAUGGGGGUGGGGUCCAGGCAGCCGCAGUGCAGCCUCAGGGUGUAAGGCAGCCCAGCGCAGAGGACACCAGCCAACCCCGGGAACCUUUGUCCACCCCUCCUCAGCAGAGGAAUGGUUCACUCCAUCUUACAGUCGGGACUCCGCACUCUCAGGGUGGGUCAAGAGGGCCGAGUCCUCAUAUGGUCCGCAGAGGCACCAAAAAACAGGCACCGGCUCCGCCCAAGCAGCCGAGCCCGUACGCCUCUCAGUCCAGCAGCCCCCAGCCUCCAGGCUCUCCCGGUCACCCACCCCUCACAGCCCGUCGUCACUCCAGCAAAGACUCCAUCCAUGCCCCGAACCACCCACCGCCGCAGCCUCCUCAAGCCCACCAACCGGCCCAGGGAGACCCCUCGCCGCCGACAACUCCCACUCCGCCUGAUACUCCGCCCCCGUACGCCACUGGAUCUCUGCCCCGCCCCUCCAGGCCCGCCCCAAAGCCAAGAGUGCGACCCAGCAUGCCACCGCCACCACAGCCCGUAGCUAAUGACAACGGUAAUGGCAUCUGCAGCUCUGCAUCCAAGAUCAUAACAGAUGGAGGGCUGCUUAUGAAGGGGAUCACAAGAGCUUUAGUCCCUCAGGUGAUCAAGGAGCAAGAAGUGAAGGGCUCUGCUGGUCAAGAGCCCACCUCCACCCUGCACCCAACCAUCCAAAUAGAGUCAGAGAACACUGCUCUGUAGAAUGUGCUCCAGCUUACAUUGUUCGUUUAAGACAAGGG